AUGUCUCGCAUAAUAGCAAUCUUUUUAGUAAUAGCUAUCUCCAUAUUUAACAGCCAUGCUGCUUAUGUUGAUAUCAAGGUUGGCGUGCCAGGCUGUUAUUCAUUUUUACCUCAAAAUACUACAGCGAAUCCCGGUGAUACUCUUCGCUUUCUAUUCGUUAGUGCACAAGCCAGUGUGGUUCAAUCUGAUGGCCCUGCAGGCAUUGAGAGUUGCAAACAUCCAAAGUCUGGAGGUUUCUUAUAUAACUCAACCGCUAACCCACCCCCACCAGUAAAUGGUACCUUCACACCGGAUAAGUUUGAGUACCAGAUUAAUCAAACUAGUGGCGACAUCUUUUUCAUCUGUGAUCUUCCCGGACGUUGCGAAAAUGGUAUGUUUGGAAUGGUUACUAUUGGUUCUGGUUCUGGAAGUCCAACAGCCAAUAGCACCGACAAUCCUCCAUCAGCGCAAUCCAGUAAAAAUUCUUCGUUAUCCAAUAGUCCUAGCAGUCCUAGCAGUCCUAGCAAUUCUAAAAAUGCUGCCUCCACAACUUAUGCUAAUACCUUUACUUAUGCC